AGUUCGUCCUUCUAGUUCUACGUGAUUUUCACCUUGUGUGAUGUCCCCGGUCGCUUUUCUUUCAUUUUGUAGAAUUUUGUAGUCAGUCACUGAAAAAUGCUAUCGAGCAGGUGCUUCAGAGUCGCAGCUUAGAAGAAGUAGGACUUACUUUUAGUACAAAACCACAUCACAAGUUUGGAAAAGUAGCGAUGGCAUCCUCGUGCAUUGUCCGCCCGGGGCUACUCGUGUUGCAUGACACUGGGCGCUUUGGGGUGGUGAAGAAAGUCGUUAACACGAGCCCGGAAAGCGCAGCUGCGGUGGCUAACAAUGUUGAUAUCCACGCGGAGAACAAGAAGGUUCCCAAUCCUACUAGCUGUGACGCGAAGAAAAACAUAACCAACAAUAAAGCGCACGCUUUCAGUGAGAGAGCGCGCAGCUACUGUGAUGACGCGGGCGACCUCCUGAGGGAAUCUUCGCAGGUUGUUGUGCAGUACCUCGACGAGGAAGGGAACAAUGAGCACGAAAAUAAACGUGAGCACCGUGUUCCCUUGUCGCAGCUCCAGGGAAUCGAGAUCAGCUUCCUUUGGUCCAUUCCAAACCUGAACUCCACCCAGCAAGCCGCGCGGAUCUGCGCAUCGCUGUCGUCCGUAAACCAGCAAGUGCACGUGCACGGUUUGAAGCCACAGAUGCUGGUCAGUUACUCCUUCGGCGAUCUCAUUUCGGACCAGGACAAAACGGAGAUUCUGAACCUGUUUCAGUACCUGGAAACAAAAAGUCCGAUGUAUUCGAAGGACCGGAGCCUGAAGUGUGUGCUGCAGCGAACUGCUGCUGGUCCCGCUAUCUCAUCUUCGGCUGGUGGUAGUACUACUUCUACCACACGACGGACAUCAGCGUCUACAGGCAGUGUCACGACGUCGUCCAACAUUCAUGAUGUUGUCGGAGCCGAGGCUGCGGAUUCUGACGACCGCUCUUGUAAGGAAAAUCACGUGAAUUUGAGUAGCAUGGAGCACUACCACCACUUGUUCCGGCAUUUUGUUCCAAGCAGCCGCAGAACCCCCGCUGGAAGCGUUUUUACUGGAAGUCGGCGAGGGCAAGUGGAGCCUAGGGUGAACUUGCUCGACUCUUGGGUAUUUUUUCACGGUGACGCUAACGUGUUGUCCGGCCCGCUCAAACUGCGUCAAUUUCUUGACCAAUUCUGUGUCGCGGCGCUACAAAAGAAAAGACAUGGCUACAAGACCAUGACGGUGGCCGGCGAUGUUUUGCUAUUGGGAGAAAAGAAUCACCGCAGUUCAUCUGCGGGAUCAGAUGUUGAUUUGAAAUUCGACAUCCCGUCCGUGACCAGAGCGUACGCGUCCGGCGACACGGGUAAGAUGCAAGUGCUGCAAUUCUCCACGACGAAGAAAGAACAAGAUCCCCGGGACCUGCUGCUGAAGAUCGUUGGAGAGAAGACAGUUCUGAAGGACUCAUUCUCGUUGUCCGGCGACAUUCGAGAGUUUGCGAUUCACGCCGACUGCUUGCAGGAGUUUUUCUCUGUCGCGGCAGCACGACCUUGUAGUGCGGGCACAGCAGCUCCUGCAACAGGUUCUUCACAACAGCCAGGAAUUUGCAAGAACGGCGCCGGAAUAAAGCUACCGCUGGAACAUCAAGAAUCUACGAGCGACCUGGUCGAAUUAUCUCCUGUCGAACAAGAUCUAAGUCUCGAUGUUGUGCAGGCGAAGUGCGGGCUGUUAACAACGCGGGUCGCGGACACUGCGCUCUACUACUUCUUAAGAGACUACAAUCGCGAGGUAGAGGAUGCAGAAGCUGCGCUCGACGCAGAGGACACGGCUGCCGAUACGACCGAGGCUGGUGAAGAUGUGCUUGUUGCAAAGAAAAAAAUACAAAAAGCCGCGAAGGAGAAAUGGAUCUCGGAGAACUACUGGAUGCAGUUGCGGACCGGCGCUGCAGCAGAUAUCGCGGAAAGCGAGGAGGACUCGCAGCACUAUUGGCUGACCUACAUCGCAGCGGACAGCCACGGUGGUGGACUAGUAGUCCCCUCUAGCACGCAUUCCCUGGUGUCGAAGCCGGCCUUUGCAGUCACGAGUAGCACGACCUCCGCUUUGGUUCGGGAGUCCAUGGUGACGGAAUUUGACGACGACCUUUUAGGACGUGUUGAAGCCUAUGCCCUCGGGUGGCAGAGCAUGCUGCCGUUCCUUUCUCCCGCAGAGCGCCGCCAGUUGUUUGCGACUUUGCGCGAGAAUCUGGAAAUGCUGGUUUGCUUCUUCUACGGACUGGCAGUGCCUGCACGGAAUUGCACAUCAGGAGAAGCGCUUGCUUCGAACAAGAGCAGGCAAAGUGAUGGUCUUGCGCCGAAUUAUCUUGCCACUCGGUUUGGUGGAACACUGGCGAAGGUCAAUGCAGCGGAGAAGCGAGAGCCGACCGCGUUCGCUCCGCCAUCGCGAACAACAGGAGCUGCUGGUGGCUCUUCUUCAACAUCAACUAGUAGAAAACCAGAAACGCUUCUGCCACCUGAGGAGGAAGGGAACGACCGGACGAACACGAACACCAGCAGCGACUGGAGCAAUAUUAAAGACGCUCCUUCUGGUCUUUAUGCAGCUCGCGAGAAGCUGGACCCGCUUGCUUUUGCAGACUUUCAGUUUUCUUUGCCGGAAGACAUUUUCGGGACGGACAAGCAGGUGCAGUUGAACAUGAGGGAUGUGAACGACGCAAUGGCGGAUCUGAUGGAGUUGCAUUCCAUGGUCGAGGCCCGCGCAGAGAAGGCCGCCGAAGAACAGCACAAGCACAAAGAUGACGAGGAGGCUGAAGAUGCAGAAGAGGGUUUUUUCGCUCCGAAAUUAGAACGGCAGCUUCUGGCAAUGGAACAAGAGGAAGAGGAUGAAGCGUUAGAAUUUGUAGCGCAGCAGCAUGAAGACGACGCAGCUGCAAAUGCGACAGGCGAUUCCCAGGGGCGUGGCGUGACGAAAUCUGCGCAAGAGCACCAGCGCCUCGUGCCGUCUCUGGAGAUGCUGAAAGAAAAGGCGGCCGAAGGCGAGCUGGCGAAGAAGGUGACGAGUUCGUCACCCCGAGAGAAGAGUGCGACCGAUGGUGUUCUUGAUAAGACCAACAACUACAUCAGUAGUGACACGCUGUCACCAGAAGAAGACGUGAGCUUGAAACUGAAGCCUGCUGCGAUAGAGAACUUGAACAAACUACAAGUAACCGCGGGCGAGGAUGCGGAACAGAUCGGCGUGAUCGAAAUCCCAAGUCCGAGCCGCAGCGGGCGUGUGCGAACUUUUCCAAUCCACCGGAGUAUCAAACUGGAAGGGGGCAGCCACGAGGAAGAAGACGCAGGAGACGAGCUCGUUGAGGAUGUAGCCAUGAACGGGCUUGACCUUGACGGCGGCAACGGCAAGAAAGCCGAGCAAGCAGGAAAAAUAUCGCCUGCUGGUGGUGCUGUCGCGGAUGGUGCGUCCUCCUCUCGGUCUACAGGAACUGCGACUUCUGCUGCGGACUCGCGGCAGAGCACCGAAGCGGGAAGUCAGGAAUCGUCGACGAAUGGCGGUCCUUCUUGCACCAGCGAAACAGAAAGUCUCUCGAGUGCCGUGACCUCCGCGAGGAGUGCGAGCGCGGCCACUGCUGCUGCGAGCGUGGCUGAGAGCACAACACAGAAAGCAGGAACAAAGUCUAAGGCGGUGAGCAAGAUCAUCAAACCCAGCCGGCGCAAGGGUACUGUUGUCGACUACCAAAAAGGAAUGGGCAAAGCCGCAACUGAAUUCCAGCAGUACCUACGUGCUAUCCAGCCGGAUUUGGCCUGGCGGAUCGCAGAGCGAUUUGGUAUUCCGGUCGUUGACGAUGCGGAGACGAAGGUGCGAAAGCAUUUCGCCGGCGAAAUCCGCCAGCUUGCGGAACAAUGGAUGCUCGAAGUGCCGCCGGCGUUUGGGGAGUAAGCAGCUCCAAUUCCAUGCGGAGAGCGACAGAAACUGAAGACACAUAUCAUCUCGUGUCUUGAUGAUUGCCGGAAAGAAUUUCAAAUUGUUAACGACCUUCUUUUUCUUUCAGGAAGAAGUAUACGACGUUUUUUUUUGAAUUAUUGAAGAUCAGAAACUGUCAUGAGCAGUAGAAGGGCAGAGAUUUUUUGAGAACGAAGAUAAGAGAUGAUCUGAGGUGGAUCACGUACUUCUUUUUCUAGAACGCUAGAAUGAAAUACGAAAACGAAUACCACGAAUGUGAAUCUUUCAUCAAAUAAGACGGAACGAUAUCCACUGAAGUAGAAAGUUGCUCUUGUUGCUUCCUCCAGCGAAAAAAGUACAUUUUCAGUUGACCAAGUUAUGCAGCACGUCAGCCUGUGUCUGUUGCUAUCCUUUUGUAAUUGAAUUCGAAACUGCCAACUUCGUGCAUUAGUUCGUUGAUUAUUGACUUGCGUGCGGGUAUCGCUGCCUCGGAAAAACGAACAAUAAAUGGGAUGCGCCAGCACCAGAGGCGCUAUCUCAUCUCACAUUCGUCUAAUGUUGCAGACCACUGGAAGCAGCGCAAGCAAGUAGCA